AAAAGUAGUAGUGACACGUGGAGGAGCAGCUGAACCAGAAGCAAAUCUCAACUAACUCCCCGAGAGUUCUUAAGAACCCUUGUACGCAGCUACGUAGGGAGAAAUAUUCGACGCUUUGUGAAUCUAGGUACUAUUAUGCAUCAGGCUUCGGUCGGCUCACGCUCGAAGCAGCAUUCCUUCCUUGCCUAUAAAACCACCGGUAGCAGAAGCAGCAGUAACAGGCAAAGGCUAGCUUCUCCGAGCCGGUGCAGUACGUGUAUAGUGGAUCUUUCCUGGUUAUAGCCAUCGUUCAACUAUUCCUCUACUGACUGCUACAGUCUCAACAGCGACGAUUCAACAGGUCGCUACUUUCCGCAAUGUGGACCUGGCAACCCUGGUGGCCGUCAGUGUGGUCUUAACAGCUGUGGGAGAGGGUAUAGGCCUCUGCUCCUGGACACUCUACCAUACCUUCACUCUCUCUGGUAUCACUGCAGGCAUUAGGUGCUGGAACUGUGAAUUACAAAUCUCUUUGAUUUGAAGUGGCAAUACAUCCUAUCGACUGUACCUGCAUGCAUAUUAACUUCUGUUUGGACAUCACAGUUGUAUUAUUCUACUAUAAGGGCACAGAGAACACCUAUAUCACAGUAUUCUGGUUCUAUAAAAAUGACAUUGUUAAGGGGAUAUCUGUACGUUGAUCUUGUGGAAGCAAAGAAGUUGCCUGACUGCGACACAGUAUUCAUCAAUAUUAAUCCUAAAAACACUUCAGAUCCCUUUGCCCAGCUAAAAAUAGGACAUUGCGUUCUUUGUAAGACAGCCGUUAAAAACAAUGACCUUUCUCCCAAGUGGCAUGAAUCACAUAGAAUUCCUGUAUGCCAUUAUGCUGAUGAGCUACAAAUUCAGGUUUUGGAUAAGGAUUAUUUUGAUAGUGGAAUACUUGGGGAGGUCAUCAUCAAGCCUGAAGACCUACUAAAUGGCAAGACCUUAAAAGGAUGGUAUCCACUGUCUGGUAGUGAUGGUCAUAUUAAACUUAAGAUGAAUUAUGUACCUAAAGAAAUGAUCAAGGCAACAUUUGAGGUUUCCGAUUGUUACUUCAAAUUACGAGAAGGUUGCAAAGUUACUCUGUAUCAGGAUGCACACUGUCCACCUCUUCCCAUUUAUGAGGGCAUCCCAACAGCUGAUGAAGUUUUUAGAGCUCCCUGUGCUUGGGGUGAUUUGUUCAAAGCGGUGAAUGGGGCUCAAAGAUUUAUUUAUGUUACUGGUUGGAGUGUGUAUACGGAAACUGUCCUAGUAAGAGAUGACUGUGAUUGUGAAGAAGGUAAGGGGGAAUCCUUUGGUGAACUACUGAAAAGAAAAGCAGCUAAAGGUGUACUUGUAUUGGUGAUGAUCUGGAAUGAGAAAAUGAGUACAGAGUUGACAGCUGGCUUUAUGGGUACCCAUGAUGAAGAGACACGGUUGUUCUUUGAGAAUUCUGAUGUUGAAGUAGCAUUAGUCCCCAGAGUACGUUACUUCAAGGGAAUGGAAUCUUUCCUUAAAAACCAAUUUUCUGAAACAUGUUAUACACAUCACCAAAAAGCCGUUAUCCUAGAUUGCCCUCCUGCAGAUGAUAAAGAUCAGCCAAGAAUUCAAACGUUUAUUGGUGGAUUAGAUAUUACUAAUGGCAGAUAUGAUACACCAAAACAUAAACUUGUCGGAACAAUUCGGAGUCAUCAAGACUUUGCAACAGUCACAAGUAAAGUUGGUCAUCGUCAACCUUGGCAUGAUAUUCAUUGUCGUUUAGAGGGGCCUGUAGCUAUGGAUGUUCUUGCGAACUUUACUGAACGAUGGAGAAAACAGGUCCAUGGCAGAGAGUCUCGCCUCCUUCCAAUUUCAGAAGAAAUGUUUGCAUUAGAAGCUCCAGUAACUGGUAAAGAUUGUAAAAUGUGGAGUACGCAAAUUUUCAGAUCAAUUUCUUCAGACUCUGCUAUUUUCAGCACUGACAGAUAUUCAGCUAUUCCAGAGAGAAGUGGUAAAUAUGUUGAUGACAGUAUACAUCGAGCAUAUAUUCAUCAUAUUCGAAAAGCAGACAGUUUUCUUUAUAUUGAAAAUCAAUAUUUUCUUGGAUCGGCUUAUAACUGGGAAAAAGAACAAGAUACUCCGGCUUGCCACUUGAUCCCACUAGAAAUUGCUCAAUCCAUUGUGGAGAAGAUAAAUGCCGGAGAAUAUAUGGCGGUAUAUGUUCUAGUGCCUAUGUUUCCUGAAGGAGACCCAGCAAGUGGCCCUGUUCAAGAAAUUCUUCACUGGCAGCAUCGCACCAUGCAGAUGAUGUAUCGUACUAUAGCUGAAGCUAUUGAAGCAAAUGAGCUAGGCACUCAUCCAAGAGACUACCUCUCAUUCUUCUGUCUAGGAACAGUUGAAUGUCCUGAAGAUUUAACUCCACCUGAAUCAGGCACUCAAGCUUCUGAACUUCGGGAAAAUGCAAGACUUAUGAUUUAUGUGCACUCAAAAAUGAUGAUUGUUGAUGAUGACUAUAUCAUUAUUGGCUCUGCGAACAUCAAUCAGCGAAGCAUGGGUGGCACUAGAGACUCUGAAAUAGCAGUAGGAUGCUUUCAGCCACUGCACACACGAGAAGUGAGUGGCCAGCCACAAGGAUCAAUUUCUAAAUUCAGGUUGGCACUUUGGGCAGAGCACCUGAGUGGUGUCAGUGAAAUUCACAUGAAUCCAGGUUCAAUUGAAUGCAUGCAUGCUGUAAAUAAACUAGCGGAUAACAAUUGGAGUGUCUAUUCAUCUGGUGAGCCUUGUAAAAUUGAGGGCCAUUUGAUGCGAUAUCCAGUUGAUGUUGGUCAGGAUGGACAAGUGACGGCUCUGAAAGGUUCAGAAAACUUUCCAGAUACUGAAGCUCCAGUUCUUGGAGCUCCAAACUGCUUGCCAAAUAAAUUGACGACAUAAUUCCAGUGGAUCAUUUGCUUAGUUCAAAGUGUUCCAUUGAUAAACUAUUGAAUGGAAAUGUUUAUAUUAUUCGAAUACAGUUCAUUUGAUGUUUCUCUCAUAUAAGGCAUAUUAUUGUUCAAUGUUUUCAUUAAAGUAAAUUAUAUAAACAUAUCUUGUUAGGAAUAUUUUCAUUGUUUUUAAUUUGUGUAUAGUAGCGUGGAAAUCUAGAAAUGACCAGAUAUUAAUAUGACAUUGUAUUGGUGCACUCAUUAUCACACCUGUCUUGAGAAACAGAAACAUUGCACUUUGAGCCAUAAAUAUAAUUUUGUUAACAUAAACAGAAUAUACAGGUACCUACUUACUUUAAUUUGUAAUUCCAGAAUUCUAAUUUUUUUUCUCAUUUCAACUUCAGCCAAAGAUUGAUUUAAGAAUCUAAAUGCUGGCUCUGGAGCUUUAAUCUGUAAUUGGUGUAAAUCUUAUAUGUUCAAGUACUUUAUUUUAUCUCAUUUUGAAAAGGUAUGUUAAUAUUUGGAUACAAAUUUACCUGCUAUCAAAAAUAAAAGGUAGAUGCAUUUAAACUUUAUUUGGUAUAGCAGUUUGAACAAUGCAAAGUGCAGUUUGAUCUUAAUUUCAGUAGUGUAUUGUACAGUAAUUAACUAAUGCUAUACUUUUUUCAUGUUAAAUAUCUAAAAUGUUACCUGUAUUUGAGGUAUGAGAAUAAUAGUAUGUUUUCCAUUUUGUAAUUUUGUCCAUUGGACUAAAAAAAAAAAAAUAGAAAUUUAAAUUUGAGGCUUUGGCCAAUGACAUGUCAGGGAUAAAUCACAAUACGUUUGAAUGGCUCUACCUUGUGUAACUUCCGGGGAUCAACGGCCCCAUGGCCCGGUCUCUGACCAGGCCUCGCAGUUGGACUUGCGUAGAUCGCUUAUAUAAAUCACAUCCCAUGGUUUCAUUGUGGCAUAAACAUGGUGAUUUAAGCUAAGCUCUGCCUGCUAUGACUAAUCCCACCACCUGUGCUACUGGUUACCUGUCUGCCAUUAGCUUUAUGCCUUGUACAUGGGUUAUUUACUUCAUUUGUUGUGGUAAAAGGAUUACACCCAUAGAAAGUAGGUGGAGCAGGUUAUAUCUACAAACAUGUUCCAUAUACUCUACCAUUGCCACAGAAAGAGGAAACUAGAUUGUUUCCUUCAAGGAGUGCCAGACCAACCGGGCUGUGGUGGGUAUGUGGGCCUGCGGGCCGCUCCAAGCAACA